AUUGAAUUGUUGUUCGAAUCUGAAUCGAUAUGUUCCAACAUAUGUGGGAUGAAGUUUCCAACUUGCUUCAGAAAAAGAAAGAAACACACUUGAAAAUUUACUCCAGAGAAAGCUCAAAAACAUGGAAAAUACUCAAAAACAAGGACAAAUCUUACCUUUUGCUCAAUACAACUAGACAAAACGAAAUGAAUUGUUUGCGAGACAACGCAGUGGCUGCGGACCGGAAGAUUCCCCACGAUCUCUUUAGUUGUUUCUUACGUACCAAUCAAACUUGUGCAACAAUCCAUAGUCAACGAGAAUCACAUCCUAUACCUUCUUUUGUAGCACAAUCAGUAUUGGAAGAGUCUCAAUCCCAGUCAAAGUUCGAGAAGGAUUCCAACUCCCUGUUAUCCGAAAGUCACCAAUAUGGAGAAGAGCUAACCAGAGAAUAUAAAAUAAAGAGAAACGAUUGGACAAGUGUUAGAAGAUCGCUGUAUAAAGAAUUUGUUCAACCUGUUGGACAGCAACUUUCAGUGGGUACACUCUUAGGUCUAGCUACAGGUUAUUCUCUUCGCAGAAUAGGACGUUUUGCUUUAUUUUUGAUUGGCACAGAAGUACUAGUCUUACAAUUGAUGGCUUACAAGGGCUGGGUUACAAUUCACUGGAAUAAGUUGAGUCGAGACAUUAUCCCAGUUUUGGACAAGUCAGCAGCAGAGAGUAUAAUGGAUAUUCUACUGUAUAAGAUGCCCUUUACGGCUGCAUUUUGUGCAGGACUGAGACUAGCUCCUUGACGGUUUUAGUGUUCUUAUGUAUCUUAACUAUCUCUUCAGUGAUGGAGCUACAAUAUUUCUCAAUGAAGAAUCUAAAUUGUAGAAAAAUGGAUUGUAUCUCGUUUGAUACUGUUGACUUGGAGUAUUAGGAUCAAUUUAAAA